ACAUUGGAGGAGGGAAAGAGAGAUGUGGAGAGAAAAAAGGAGAGGAAGAUGCAAGGAUUCGCUUCGCUGCCGUAGUUUAAAAGUCUUGCCAAGGGGACUUAGAAGAGCGUUGGUGGUAUAAAUACCCAGCAUAAACAGGAUUAAAAGAGCAACUACUGACUCCAUCAGAGAGGUGUGAAGUGAGAGAGACAAGCAGAGAGAGAGAGAGAGAAUAAAGUGCAAGCAUCAGGAGCGGUGUGUACUGCAGUGUGUCUGUACACACGCAAACAGGAGCUCGCUUUACUACAACACUCAACUUGGGAGACAAGAACCGUCACUUCUCAAGCAGCGUCAAGUGAACUCUCACUCGAACACCAGCCUGUCCUUCUCUCUCUCGUCUAGACAAGCUCGUACACACAAAUGGAGAAUAUAUCUUUGUGCUGAAGUAUUGCUCAAGUUCAGCCUGGGCCACUGGAUUCGUCUGUUUUGCUUCAUCCAGUCCCACUGGACACCAUCACAGAGUUCACGAUCAGUGGAAGAGCACAGUCCAAGUACCACCAUGAGAGGUGAGGGGUGCUGGACACGACUCUGAGAGACCUCGCACGGCUGGGAGCGAGUGGCGCAUUAAAAAUACAGGUCCCCACAAGAGCUUUCUGGUCUCAGCUAGCGCUGUAAAUCAAUACCCGAGCACUCUGAUUUCUUCAUCAAGACAUUGCUACAAACGGAAUGGGUUUCUUGAUGACUUGCUGAAAAGCCGCACUCCAGAGAAUACUAUUUUUUAAAGUUUGUUUCACACUGCGGCAUUGAAAACACACCGGAUACCUAAAACAGUAUAUUUAGAUAGAUGUGCAUAGUUGAAAAAGCUGAUAAGUCUUACGAUCACCUGUCAAUGUUCUUUUUUUAAGCUUAUGUUUACGCUUCCUUCAAAGCUUUUGGCACUUCAGAGAAUAUUCCUAUCAGCUUUGGACUAAAUCUCAGCUAUUUUUAUUCCAUUCUACAUAUUUAGAUAAAAGUCUCCCACUUCACAAUUCUGUUCAAAACAUUUCGGUUCUCUCAUCUGAACGAGUGAGAGCAGAAGGGGAAGUUCACGCUUAAAAUCGUCACUAUUUCACAACCUGUCUACAGUCUGUGGCUAAUCACGGUUUUCCAUCAUCAGAAGCGACUUCCAUCUUUUUUCAUGCAAAAUGAAGCACAUUAGCAUAUUUAUGGCCUGAGAUAUAUCCAGUUGUGUACAACGUGCUACAUAGAGCUUGCAUUCAGUCAUCAAGCAAAGGAACAAAUAGCUUCUGACAUGUGAAGAAAAAGGAGUAUUCAAGAGCUCUGUGCACUUAAACACAUGGAAUAAAAUCAUGGUUGCAAGCUGGGAGGAGAUGGAGGAGCACAUGAGUUAGUUUCCCCAUUAAGGUUUAUGCUUGUAUCUGUGUGAAAUCAACCAAAAAAAAAAAUUGUAAUGUGUCUGCUUUCAUAUAUAUGACAUUUUCCUAAGAGUAAAAUUGUUGGCCAGAUCUGACGGAAAGCAUUAGUUGAUGUCCAAUCCAGAUUUGGGAAAAUGAAGAAUCUGGACGAACUGGAACAUCCAUUGUUGGGUGACAGCAGCCCCAUAAACUCAAGUGAAACAGGCACUAGUGGUAGUGGACUGUUCAAAAGCAUAUUGAUGAGAAAUGAGGAGGACAAAAGACGGCCCCCUCUGGACUGGAGGAAUUAUUGCCGGUCUACAGACAUCCAACGGCAGCAGCUACUGGAUCCAUGUUCAUUGCCUAGUACACUAGAGACUCUUUAUCCUCCUACUAGCAUUUGGGCUGCUGCUGAUUCCUUGGGCAUCCACAGUAAGGAGUACCUGGAAACCACUUUUGUGGACAUUGGCCCUGGUUCACCAUUGGAAAGGAAGUUACUGGCAGAGACAAGAGAUGUCCAUAGUGUAUCCUACAGCAUGGAAGAUGGGGAUGACCUUUUGCCAGACUUUGAGGACUCCUCCAGUGAUGACUUCAGUGACACAGACAGUGAAAGCAACUUCCCCAUCAUGAUCCCUCAAGAUUACCUGGGCCUGGCUUUCUUCUCCAUGCUCUGUUGCUUCUGGCCUCUGGGCAUUGCUGCAUUCUAUCUUUCCCAAAAGACGAACAAAGCAUCAGCACAAGGAGAUUUCCAGGGUGCCAGUGCUGCAUCUCGGCAGGCUCUUUGGCUCUCUGUCCUUUCAAUCGUGUUCGGCAUCAUCACUUACAUCUGUGCCAUCGCUGCCCUGAUCUCCUAUCUCUCCGGGAAACCACCUUAAAGACUACUGUAUCGGUAUCCACUCGCGAUUCUUCCAGAAACGUAACUCCCUGGCUCCUAAUUACACAAACCGCUGCUCCUUACAUACAUUCACCUACACCUGUAAAAAGUACAUUAGUUUAGCAGAGGCACCACCUUUGUAACAAUUUCUGCAAGUUCACAGCUGUCAUUUAAGAUACAAAAAUGCAAAAGGGGUAGUUUCAGCUGAAAUCUUUGUAUUUGGGUCAAAAAAAAAUAUGACAUCCAAUUCUGAAAGAGAGACCUGCGCUCUGUUUUGGCACUUGUGUCUAAGUUGGCAGGGGAGGGAGUGAUUGAGGCCUAAGGGUUUGUUAGAAGGGAACUAGACAAGGACUGUGAGAUCAGAUCACAACGGACUUGGCUGUGAAACAGCAGGACGUGCCCUCUGAGACACAUGACUCCAGCAAACUGGGUCAUUUUCUGUCGGAGCUCUAAAGCUGGCCAUUGAACCACUCUCCAAAUUUGAAAACACCACAGUAAAUGGCUUCAGACCUCCGCUGGAAAAUGUCAGAUAGAAAACGAGUACAAGUUCAGACGGACUCUGCAAAUGUGAGGAUGCAUAACAAAUAUGCAGACGAAAGUACAUGGCUCUAUUCAUAGCUUCAUAAAUGUAGACUCUUCAUUUUCCACCUACUGUACCAACAAAACCGUACCGAGACAUUUCAUAUGAUUCAGCUAAACCAUGCCUGCAAACAUAUAAAAUGGCAAAAAAGAUGAUGAAUCAGUAAUCGGCACAGAUUCACCAAACAUUGUUAAAAAAAAUAAAACUUUUCCUAACUGA